UUCGAAAGCCGCCAUGUUUAGAAACAUGUUUUUUUUGUGGAAUCAGUCGAAAUGGUAAAUCUCGGAUUUGCAUGCAGACUGUUGUAAAGACAAACAUAAGUGCCUAGCAAGAAUACUAACAGCGACAGGCCGCGGACUAAUCUAUGAAUAUUAUGCUCUAGUGUGCCUGGAUCAAUGGGAUCGAUCGGGACGUUUUGUUGCUGGAACCUCGCAGCUAUUCAAUGUCCUGUUGCUUUGAGUUGCUUUCAUUUGAUUAGAACGUUAUCGAUCGGUAGGUGAAACGUGCAUAGACGACAAUAAUUUGUUGGAUCGGUGUUCAUACGCUGUUCGUCAACAAACCUCCGAUACUGCUCACAACCAGCCUCAAAGACGUGUAAACAUCGGGCAAGACAAGAUGGCGGACUCUUCGUUGCCCUGUAUUGCUGUCCUGUUGUGAUGCGGUGCCUAUCUGACAGGAUCGUGUCCAAAGCCAUAGGAUGAUAUAAAGCACAACCUGAGAAACUGAACUACAUCGAACACCUACCAGAAUGCAUCUCGUCAUAAUCCUCGUUUAUGUGACAUCCGGUUUCCAUGUUCUUCUUGGUCUGCUUAGCGUUUGUCUGGGUGUGAUAUCAUCUAUUAAGUCAGAAGUAUGGCUGGCGCACCGUGUUUCACCAAUUUGGAGUGGAGGAUUCUUUAUCAUUACGGGGAUCGUCGGCGUGGUGUGUGCCAGGAGAAAGUCCUCAUAUGUGAUAAUGUGUUUCACGGCGUUUAAUGUCGUGUCCAUGGUAACGGCUGUCGUCAGUAUUCAGCUUCUGAGACUUGGACUGGUAAACCACACAACGGACGGAGAGACGAUACAGAAGGCGGUCAAGGACAUUCUAAUUCUGAUGGCCCUGGGUGCAGCAGGCACGGAAUGUCUGGUUUGUCUUAUGUCCACCGUACUCAGCUGUCGCGUGGCAAAAAUUGCCAAGGAGGAGAUGUCAAAACAGCGCGAGGGAAUGUUCUACGUUAAGGAAGACACAGAUGCCUUUGAAUGUUCAAAUAGAUCAUUUGAUGCAGAUGUCGACGAGGGUGCUUACACGGCAGACGAGAGUGGUAUCAGCAUUGAUAUUGAGGAGCAUCAGUACCAUGUUACCAUGGAUACCAAAGACAGUAGUUCCAUGACAACCAAUUUUCGAAAUAACGGAGAGUUUGACGGUGUUAUAUAUGAAGCUGAAUCCUCUAAAUCAGCUAUUCAAACAAAAGCAGAACCAGCCGUAAACUUUUAUCAAGUAGAAUCUGGUGUAGAGACGGAAGUAGAACCAGUGAUCGAGAGAUUGCCCACAACAAUGGAUGGGAAUCUUAGUGAGCUCAAUGAGGAAGAUUCCGACAGUGAUGAGGAGAGAGAAGAUGAACAGAAUCUAGACCAGCCUAAGUAAUGUGAUUAAAUUCGUCCAACAAUGCAAGUAGAUAACCUGCAUUAUUCCUGUGGUAUUAUUGCUUGCCAAAACUACACACCGAUAUGGAGAAAUGUAAACCAAUUCGUCCUUAUACUGAGUACAAGCGUGUUAAAAUAACGACCAUGUUAAUAAAAUCGUUGUAUUUGUUA